AUGGAAGACAAGGCCAGCCGCAAGGCCUUUGAGCACCCAUGGAAGGCCACCGGGGGCUUCACCGCACGCGCUAAGUAUUACUUCUUCCGACGAGUGAAACGUGAUAUUGUCGAGGAACAAUCCGCUACCGUCAAGCCGAAAGGAUUCGCCGCGAGCUUCCUUGCAAAGGACCAGUCGAAGAUUCAUGUUCACGUUCCCCAUUAUGACAACAAGACUGAGCAUUUGUAUUCCUUCCUUCAGGUUUGA